AUUAUUUUUUGUCAUUUUAUUUUAAAUUUUUUUUUGCUUUGCAAUUAUAUAUUCUUGAUUUUCUUAUCAAAAUGACUGCGGCCACAACGGAUUACAAAAAACUGGUAGAAGAAUUGAUAGGUAGUAAAAUGCCAGGUGCUGCCAUAGUUAGCAAGGAAGGACAAACUCAAGCUUGUAAAAAUAUCACUAUCAGCAAGGAAGAGGCUAAAGUCUUAGUUGACGGCUUCGAUAAAUCUGAAAAGAUUGCUGCCAAUGGACUCAUGAUCAAUGGUAAAAAGCAUCAGUUUCUCAGUAAAACGGCCAAUUAUAUCAAAACGAAAGCUGACAAGGGUGGUAGUGUGACCUCUAGAACAGCCAAAAACAUAAUUGUAGGCAUGUACGACGAUAAAUUGAGCUUGGAAGAUUGCACUAAAGCCAUGGAGUUGGUAGCGGCAAAGUUGAAAAAAUCUGGACUGUGAAUUCUAUCAAUCCAAAUUAAUCAAUAGGCAUCAUUGCGAAAUUCAAAUUUUUAUUUUUUAAUGAUUUUUUAAAAUUUUUAUGCAAUUUUUUUAUCUAUUCUUUAAAAUAAUCUAAACUACGUAAAUUGUUUUCCUUCACUAAUAUAUC